CGCACUGCAUUGCCGCAGAGCGGGGCGGGGGAGAGGGGCUGGAGGGAAGAGGGUUCCUGUCCCAGGUCCCUACCAGGUGCCCGUAGACGUCGGCAGGCUGGAGGUAGAAGGUGGAGUUGAGCAGCUCUUCCAGCCUGCGCGGAACGUCGUUCUCCCGGUAGUACUCCAACGCCUGCUGCUUCAGCUUCUGCAGCUCCCUAGUGGUCCCACAGCUGCGGCCGCCGCCUUCUUCCCCCAUGAUGGAGAGUGUCGGCGUGUACGGAUUCUGUGGCUGUACAGCAAAGAGCAAAUGAAGUGUGAUGAUUCAAGGUGGGAAAUAACCACUUCAGAAGCGGCCCCCGCAUCUGCAUAUUCAUCUCCAGCCCGGAGUCUGGGGGACACAGGAAUAACACCCCUGUCCCCUUCCCACAUUGUGAAUGAUGCAGACCCGAACGUGUCUGAGCAGCAGACGUUUCUUGUGGUGGUGGCUGUCGACUUCGGGACCACGUCCAGCGGCUAUGCCUACAGCUUCACCAAGGAGCCCGAAUGCAUCCACGUGAUGAGGCGAUGGGAAGGAGGCGACCCUGGGGUGUCCAACCAGAAGACACCCACCACCAUCUUGUUGACUCCGGAGAGGAAGUUCCACAGUUUCGGGUACGCAGCCAGGGACUUUUACCACGACCUGGAUCCCAACGAGGCCAAGCAGUGGCUGUACCUGGAGAAGUUCAAGAUGAAGCUGCAUAUCACUGGGGACCUCACCAUGGAUACAGACCUGACAGCAGCAAAUGGCAAGAAAGUCAAAGCCCUUGAAAUCUUUGCUUAUGCCCUGCAGUACUUUAAGGAGCAGGCGCUGAAGGAGCUGAGUGACCAGGCGGGUUCGGAGUUCGAGAACUCGGAUGUCAGAUGGGUCAUCACAGUACCUGCCAUCUGGAAGCAGCCCGCCAAGCAGUUCAUGCGACAAGCGGCCUACCAGGCAGGUCUGGCCUCCCCCGAGAACGCGGAGCAGCUCAUCAUCGCCCUGGAGCCUGAGGCGGCCUCCAUCUACUGCCGGAAGCUGCGGCUGCACCAGAUGAUAGAGCUGAGCAAGGCCGCGGUCAAUGGGUACAGCUCCAGUGACACAGUAGGAGCUGGGUUUGCACAGGCUAAAGAACAUAUACGACGUAAUCGGCAGAGUCGGACCUUUUUGGUGGAGAAUGUCAUAGGAGAAAUCUGGUCUGAGCUAGAGGAAGGUGACAAGUACGUGGUGGUGGACAGUGGCGGUGGCACCGUCGACCUGACAGUCCAUCAGAUCCGGUUACCGGAGGGACACCUUAAAGAACUGUACAAAGCCACAGGUGGACCCUAUGGAUCUUUAGGAGUCGAUUAUGAGUUUGAAAAGCUUCUGUGUAAAAUAUUCGGAGAGGAUUUUAUCGAGCAAUUCAAAAUCAAGCGUCCUGCGGCCUGGGUUGACUUAAUGAUUGCAUUUGAGUCUCGCAAAAGGGCGGCUGCCCCCGAUCGAACGAACCCACUGAAUAUCACCUUGCCUUUCUCCUUCAUUGACUACUACAAGAAGUUCCGUGGCCACAGCGUGGAGCACGCCUUGAGGAAGAGCAAUGUGGAUUUCGUGAAGUGGUCCUCACAGGGGAUGCUGAGGAUGAGUCCGGAUGCCAUGAAUGCCCUUUUCAAGCCAACCAUCGACAGCAUCAUUGAGCAUCUCCGAGACCUGUUUCAGAAGCCCGAGGUGGCCACGGUCAAGUUCCUCUUCCUGGUGGGUGGCUUCGCGGAGGCGCCCCUCCUGCAGCAGGCGGUGCAGGCUGCCUUCGGCGACCAGUGCCGCAUCAUCAUCCCGCAGGACGUGGGCCUCACCAUCCUCAAGGGCGCCGUGCUCUUCGGGCUGGACCCCGCGGUCAUCAAGGUGCGCCGCUCGCCACUCACCUACGGGGUGGGCGUGCUGAACCGCUACGUGGAGGGCAAGCACCCGCCCGAGAAGCUGCUGGUCAAGGACGGUACCCGCUGGUGCACCGACGUCUUCGACAAGUUCAUCUCUGCCGACCAGUCCGUGGCCCUGGGCGAGCUGGUCAAGCGGAGCUACACCCCGGCCAAGCCCUCCCAGCUGGUCAUUGUCAUCAACAUCUACAGCUCUGAGCUCGACGACGUGAGCUUCAUCACCGACCCCGGGGUCAAGAAGUGCGGCACGCUGCGCCUGGAUCUCACGGGGACCAGCAGCGCCGCGGUCCCCGCGCGGAGGGAGAUCCAGACCCUCAUGCAGUUCGGCGACACCGAGAUCAAGGCCACGGCCGUGGAUAUAGCCACCUCCAAGAGUGUCAAGGUUGGGAUCGACUUCUUAAAUUACUAAGCGGCCCUCCCCAGCGCCUGCCUGUCCCCGUGGACGCAGCUCCCCUGCAUCUGCUGACCUCGGCCCUGGACGGUUCUCUCCCUGCCCUUGACCCCUGCCAUCCCCCAGCCGAAUUUCAGCAGGGAAGGUGAGAACAGCCAGGGCUAGAAAUAAUUAGAGAUUUUUGAGGGCACACUGGAGUCAGAGAAAAACUGUUGGCGAUUAAGACUGAGGUUGGGAAAUAAGAAAUUUGAGGAUCCUAGAAGAGCAGCUAGCGUGUCUAGGUACAAAGUGGGGCAAUACCCAUCCGCCAAGGGAAUCCGAACAUUUCUGCAGCGGUGAUGGAGCUUGGUUUGAGCAGAUCUCCCUUCGCUAGAACAGAAGAUGCCCUAUCGCGAUCUUCCCAGAUUUGAAAUAAGAUCUUUGAGCCAGGAGGAGAUUCUUCCCUUUUUUUUUUUGGAUGGCAGUCGAUAUAAAAUGCCACCCAUCUGCAGUUAAUCUCUUUCCAUCAUCCUGUGAUUAAAAGCGGUGAUUCAGUGGGAACUUGGAGCAGUUUUAGCUGGAGGGGGAAGACUGCCUACGCUGGGCACUAUUUUAGGGUCUCAUCAUUUCAAUUCCAAAUAUGUUCAGAUAGCCUCAGCUAAUCCGCUAGGAUAUGUGAGUGGGAGAGCUGACACGGCAACUUUUCAGCAGGUAAAAACCUUGCUUCAAGGGAAACUGAUACUGAGCUACUGACAUAAUCCCAAAUGACCUGCUGUGAUAUAACUCCCCAAAUGCCAAAUCCUGAUUUCUGAAUUCAUAAGUAAUUCGAGGUAACCUUACUUAGUAGGAUUCUGUGUGAGAAAAUGAUGUUAAGAUUUGCCUCCUUCUUACCACUAAUCCCAAGAGUCCAGAACAGCCCCUCUCUAACAUUUUAAAUGAACAUAAUUUAAAUUAACUCCCUCCUCCUGACUCACCCUCAUCUCCCUGAGUUUAUUUCCACAUUUUGAAGAGCUGGAGUUCCCUGGUGGCUCAGCAGGUUAAAGAUCCAGCGUUGUCACGGCUGUGGCUUGGGUUCAUCCCUGGUCUGGGAACUUUUGGCACAGCCAAAAAAAAAAAAAAAAAAAAAAAAAAAGAAAAAAGAAAAUACAUUGGUAGCACAUGGGCAGAGAAUCUGUUCUAUAAAAUGUUUCAUUAAAAUCUUAAACCCAAACUGAAGAUUCCAUCUAAAGGAAUUCAUAGAUCUGUACCUGAUGAAUGAAGCUAGGUUUUUUCAAAGCAGAUCUGUGCAUCUCCUGCGUGAGAACUGCCUGGGUGCUUCUUAGAAACAGGUUCCUGGAUUCUAUCCCUUUUAGGAGCUGAAGUCAAGUCUUGGAGAGGGGAACCAGAAGCUGUAGUUUUUAGUAAACAACACAGGGGACUGUGGUUCAAUUCGAAUUUGAAAACUCCUAACUUUAGGUUUUUUGAAAGCUGUCCCCUCGUGAGUGGGACUGGGGCUCCACCUGGUUUGGGGAUGGCACUUGCAACCCUUACAGGAAGGGCCGGGUGGGGCGGGGGGAGAGUGGAAGAAAGACCGCCUAAGAAGGCCGAGGAACCAACUGGUAUGUGUGCCCGCUCUCUCUCCUUCUCCACUUAACAAAGUCUUCGACAUUCAGGAAGCAGCUGAGGAAAAAGAAUCAAGAAUCUGACUCAUAGCCUGCUGAUCUGUUCAAAGCUGUCUUUUCCACCUGCUGGAGUUCAUUGGAUUUUAAAUCACCGGAGGCAUGCAUAAUGAAUGAGGGGAGGAUGGAUAAGCCACUAGCUUUAAAUGCAAGUUGGAUUCACAAACCCAUCAUCACAGCCCAUUAUCAUAUGCAGAUUCUAAAAUAGCACUUCCAAUUUCAUCUUAACAUGUCUUCUUUUUCACAUCGCUUGCCGCAGAAUUCCCUACUAGAAUGUGAAUCACGAACAAACCACAGAACUGGAGAAUGCUCGUCACAUACUCAGUAGCGGGAUUUCACAUCCAGGCACAAAGGUGUGCUCGCUAAGGUUCUCUUGCUGCCUGCUCUGCUUCCAAAGCUAAAUGGGUCUUUCUUUGGUGUUGCCGGCCAUACUCUACCAAUAAGACUUCAAUGUAGUUACAAGUUAUAUAAUUUUAUGUACAUAACAAUGUUAGAAAAUUGUACAGAAUCUUGAUUUCUACAAUGUGCUCUUGUUAAAAAAAAGGGGGGGGAAAUGCUUUUUGAAUUUCAUUGAUGACAUUGCUGCCUUUAAUUUCCCAUGGUUUCAUUUCUUCACUGUGCUUUCUAAUCAUCAGUUUGUUCCGAUGCUAAGCUAUGGACUGUGUAUGCAGCCUGAGCAAUAGCCAGAGGUGCUUAGGGUCAGAAUCCUCUGAAGAACUAGACCAGCUGGAUCCACAGCUUCCCUAGACCAUUUUACAGGCAUAUCUCUCCCAAAGGUUUGCAGUUUAUAUUUAAAGGAGCAUAAUAAUGUAUCAAUUCUCCUGUCCUGUCCUUGAGAGCUGAACUUACAGCCGGGUCUGUAAGCCAUGUGACUGUGCAGAAAAACCUUCAACAACUCUGCGUCCCUGCAGGGCUGCCAGCUUCUCCUUGUGGGGAAAAGCAGUCACUCUGAGGGGAAAGUGUGAUGUUUUCAGGCCACCAGAAUCAAAGAAAAGGAGUGAAGUGGUGCAUGAAUUGAGCUUUUCUACUGGAUGAAGUGUCAGUAUGAGUAAUAGCGUCAAGUCCUUUUCUUGGCCAGUGUAAGGCCUUUCCCAUCUUGCAUGAAGGCUGUCUCCUUGUCUACUGUUUCUCUUAAAUGAACUGGUUGAAAUUUGGAAUAUGGGCAAAUAGGUGAUGGAGAGGGGGUGAUGAUUUUCCUGGAUUUUCUUCUGGCCCCAGAGAUGCAGCCCUGAUAGUCAAACUUAAGAGGGAAUUCUCACAUUCACCCCUCUGACAGACAUUUACUAGAGGAAGAGCACUGGGUAAGUAUAUUUGGACACAUUUACUAAUCUUAGAAAUUUUCUAAAAGGCCUGUUGUCUUGACCCAUUACUCUGUUGUCCCUGGCGUAUUAGCUGAGGUUCAAGGUUCCCGGAAGCAGAACUGUCAAGGGAUUUCCUUUGUAACUGCCCUCUCUGUACACAGCAGGCAUUCAUAAAUGUUGAGAGAUAGACACGUCACAGACAGACAAGAUAGAAAAGGGGAGACAUACAAAUGUUUGUGCAGACUGAUGGCUAAAUGAGUCCAGAUUACAGGGCCUCCCCUACCCCUCGAAUGGUAUUUAGGUCAAGUUUAGCUUUUAGAAUCCAGGUCUGGUUAAUUGCCAGGGUGGCAAAGAAUCGCAUGCACCGAUAUAAACAGGAGUCAAAAUGCAUUAUUAGCUGAAGAUCGAAUCACCCAUUUGGAGAUGAAAUAGCUGUGAUGAAGCUGCAUAUUUUAUGCCAGGAAGUGACUUCAGUGGAUGGCUAGGAAAAAGUUGUUUGCCGUAAUGUCACAUCUCUCAUCUGCUUGGAAUAUGGAACUAUAUUCUAAAAUAUCUGCCAUUGGGGUCUUGUUCACUACAAGAUAAGUUCAGACUUCAUAGAAUUUUGCAGCAAUUCACAACUUGAUUGUAUCUGCAAGCUGUCUUCACAGAUGUCAAAUAAAGCAAAACUCUGGAUCUCA